AUGCAAAGACCAGGUUAGAAGUAAAUGAGCUGACCACAAAGCCGAGCCUUGUUGUGGAAGAAUCUGGCCACCAUAGUUUCAUGAGUGAUGUUUCCUGUGACUUCAGUUUGAGAGAAAUCUGACUAAUCUCAAGGAAGAUAAAAUCCAGAGUGGUUAUGAAUUUGAUGAAACUGCAAAAGGAUUCAGACAACAGUGAGUCCUAAAUCAUCGUGAGAAAGAGACCUCAGGGAAUGACUAUACUCAGGAUAGUUAAUAGCAAGUGCUUUCCUGAACAGGUAGAACUUCUGUAGUCUUAUGGGAAACCUCCUGAAAUGCAGAAGUAUCAGCGUAAUAUAGGGGAAAGGGACUUCAGACCUCAUUAGGCAUCAAAAAAGUUAUCCUAGGGAAAUGAUUUCUGAAGAUACUAAAGAUGGGAAGGUCUUCCCUCAGAAUUCUCAGCUUGCUGAACAUCAGAGAAUCCACACUGGAGAGAAUCCUUAUGAAUGUGAUCAGUGUGGAAAGACUUUCAAAUUUCACUCUGUACUUAAGAAACAUCAGAGAACUCAUACUAGAGAGAAACCUUAUGAAUGUCAUCAGUGUUUAAAGACUUUCAGAAGUAGAUCGAGGCUUGCUGUACAUCAGAGAAUCCACACUGGAGAGAGACCCUAUGAAUGUAAUCAGUGUGGAAAGACCUUCAGAGAUAGCUCCAAUCUUAGUAAUCAUCAGAGAAUCCACACUGGAGAGAAACCUUAUGAAUGUCAUCAAUGUGGAAAGGCUUUCAGAAAUAGAUCCAAUCUUACUCAUCAUCAGAGAAUUCAUACUGGAGAGAAACCCUAUGAAUGUAGUUGGUGUGGAAAGACUUUCACUGAGAGAGGCCAUCUUGCAUCCCAUCAGAGAAUUCACACAGGAGAGAAACCUUAUGAAUGUGAUCAGUGUGGAAAGACGUUCACAGUUUGCUCUGCUCUUAGGAAACAUCAAAGAAUCCACACUGGAGAAAAACCUUAUGAAUGUAAAUACUGCGGAAAGGCUUUCACAGACAGGAGCCCUCUUGCUUCGCAUCAGAGAAUCCACACUGGAGAGAAACCUUAUGAAUGUCAUCAAUGUGGAAAGACUUUCAGAACUAGAUCCUGUCUUACUCAUCAUCAGAGAAUCCACACUGGAGAGAAACCUCAUGAAUGUCAUCAAUGUGGAAAAGCUUUCAUAAAGAGCUCCACUUUGAGGCGACAUCAAAGAAUCCAUAAUAGAAAAAGUCCUUAUAAAUGUAAACAAUGUGAAAAGAUUUUAAAAGGGAGGGACAAUCUUGCUGACCAUCAGCAAAUCCACACCAGAGAGAAACAUUUUGAAUAUGAACACUGUGGAAAGGUUGGCACACAAAUCUCCAUACUUACUCAACCUAAGAGAAUCCACACUGGAGAGCAAGGCCUGCAAAGAGGAAGUCUCCCCAUCUCGGGUAUUCUACUCUCUGAAGAUAACCAAAGUCUGGCCCAAGGAGAGACCCUGGAGCCAGAGGGAAUGGCGCUGGGGACCCCAAGACCCCCGUCUGAGGGGCCAAUAACAUUCCAGGAUGUGGCUGUGGACUUGACGCAGGAGGAGUGGCGCCUCUUGGACCAUUCUCAGAGAGGGCUGUACCUGGAGGUCAUGCUGGAGAACGCCCAGAACGUGCUCUCUGUGGCUGCUAGAGAAGAUUUGAUCUCCCAUUUCCAGCAAGAAGCAGCACCAUGGAUGGCAGAUCCAAAAGGUACAAGGAGCUUCUGUCCAGAUGCAGAGACCAGUUUUGAAAUGAAUGAGAUGUCUACAAAGCCGAGUCAUUUUGUGGAAGGACCUCGCCCCCAAAGAUGCAUGAAUGAGGUUCCCUGUGACUUAAUCUUCAGAGGAAUCUGUGAUUCUGAUAUCAAGGUAGAAAAGAAUUCAAACAAUGGCUGUGAAUUUGAUGAAACUGCAACAAAAUCCAGACAAUAUUCAGUCCAAAAUCAGUAUAAGAAAAUUACUUCAAGGAAUGACUCUUUUCAGGAUAGUGAAUAUAGCAAAUACUUUCCUGAAGAAGUAGAACUUCUCCAGGCCCAUGGGAAACCUGAAAUGCACAUUUAUCAAGGUAAUUUAGAGGAAGUGGCCUUCAGCUGGAAUUCACACCUUCUUAGACAUCCUCAAAGUAAUAAUGGAGAGAUGCUUUCUAUGAGUAAUAAAGGUGGGAAGGUCUUCAGUCAGAACUCUGAGCUCGCUAGCAAUCAGAGAAUCCACACUGUAGAGAGACCUUAUGAAUGUAAACAAUGUGGAAAGGCUUUCACAGUGAAGGGCCAUCUUGCUGCACAUCAGAGAAUCCACACUGGAGAAAAACCUUUUCAAUGCAAUCAGUGUGGAAAGACUUUCACACAGAAGGGCAGUCUUACCAAACAUCAAAGACUCCACACUGGAGAGAAACGUUAUGAAUGUACACACUGUGGAAAGGCUUUCACCAGGAAGGACAGUCUUGUUUCCCAUCAGAGAAUCCACACUGGAGAGAAACCUUAUGAAUGUAAACACUGUGGAAUGGCUUUCGCACAGAGCUCCAGUCUUGCUGAACAUCAUAGAAUCCAUACUGGAGAGAAACCUUAUGAAUGUAAACACUGUGGAAUGGCUUUUACACAGAGGGGCCAUCUUGCUGAACAUCAGAGAUUUCACACUGGAGAAAAACAUUAUGAAUGUAAACAAUGUGGAAAGGCUUUUGCCCAGAACUUCUGGUGUUGCUGCACAUCAGAAAAUUCACAGUGGACAGAAACACUAUGAAUGGAAGUGGAAAAGCUUUCACAUGUGGUACUGUCUAACUAAAUAUCAGAGUAGCCACAGUGGAGAAACUAUGAAUAUAAUGAAAGGAGAAAAUGCUUUCAUAAAUAACUCCACAUUUUCUAAACCUCAGAUAUUUCUAACUGGAGAGAAACCUCAGGGUCUUAACUGAGGCUGUGAUUUUAGUUGCUAUUCUUAGCUUAUUUAACAAGAGAAUCCAUACUGGAGAGAAACUUUAGGCAUAUGUUUAUUGUGGCAAAACCUUCAGACAACCAUCAUUUGUUAUUCUCAAUCCAAGAAUUCGUAUUGGAUAGAAAUCUUUAUCCCUGUUGUGAAUAAGAAAAGGAAUUCAAAUGGAGUUCAGAUUUGUUCAGUAUCAGAAAAUGCCUCUAAGGACCUUCACAUAUGGAGUCCAUGUGCAAUGGCUUCAGCCACAGUUCAUCUCUUUACUUUUUAUUAAAGAAUUCCUAGAGCAGAGAAACUUAAUAAAUGUGCUCAAUGACAA